CACUAAUUGAGAGUGUUGCUGCAAAAUAAGCAUCCUUCCUUUUUCCCCUCCAUUCCAAGAUAUCAUGGGUGCCUACAAAUAUUUGGAAGAGCUCGCUAGAAAGAAGCAAUCUGAUGUUUCCCGCUUCUUGCUCCGUGUUCGUUGUUGGGAAUACAGACAAUUGAACGUCAUCCACCGUGCUUCUCGUCCUUCUCGCCCUGACAAGGCUCGUCGUUUGGGCUACAAGGCCAAGCAAGGUUACGUUAUCUACCGUAUUCGCGUUCGUCGUGGUGGCCGUAAGAGACCUGUUCCCAAGGGCGCCACUUACGGUAAGCCUGUCAACGAAGGUGUUAACCAAUUGAAGUAUCAACGUUCCCUCCGUUCCACCGCCGAGGAACGUGUUGGUCGCAAGUGCCGUAACCUCCGUGUGCUUAACUCUUACUGGAUCAACCAAGAUGCCACCUACAAGUACUACGAAGUCAUCCUUGUUGAUCCCUCUCACAAGGCUAUCCGUAACGAUCCUCGCAUCAGCUGGAUCGUCAACCCCGUCCACAAGCGUCGUGAAGCCCGUGGCUUGACUGCCAUCGGUAAGAAGUCUCGUGGUCAUCAAAAGGGACACAGAUUCAACAACACCAAGGGUUCCGGUCGUCGUGCCACCUGGAAGCGUCGCAACACUCUUUCUCUUCGUCGCUACCGUUAAAUCAUUCCUGCUUAAUAAAACUUUAUUUGUUUGGCUCAUUAUCACGUGUCAGCGCAUAGAUGGCGGAGGAAAAGGAGAGUAAGGGAGCAAGACAAAAAGGAAAAAGAAGAACUUUCACCCCCUUUCUUUCUUUUUUUCUUUCUUUUUUAUUUUUCGCGUAAAUGAUUGACGUACCAAAACUUGAAACCAUCGAGAUCACCUUGUUUGACACGGGUGUUGCAGAAAUUGCACAUAAUAGACCUAAACGCUAUAACGCGCUUUCGCCUCAGUCCUAUAAAGAUUGGUUGACAGCAUUACAGUGGGCAGCCAAGGAAGACGCUGUCAAGGUGGCUGUCUUGAUUGGACGUGGCAAGUAUUAU